CGAUACUUUAUUCUCGAUGAUGGAGUUCUCUCCUAUUAUCGAUCGAAAGAAGAAAUGGAUAGUGGUUGUAAAGGCUCAGUUAAAUUAUCUGUAUGCGAUGUUAUAGUUCAUAGCUCAGACGCACGAAGAUUUGACUUAAUCCUUGGUGAACAACGCUAUUAUUUACGUGCUUUAUCACGUUCUGAUCGACAAAGAUGGGUUGUAGCACUUGGUAAUUCUAAAGUGGGAAAUGUACCGCUAAAGUGUGAAGAUGUAAAUGUAUGCGAACCAUCACAAGCGCAAUCAAUUGAUAGCCAUCGUUCUGAAUUACGUCUAUAUCAUAAUUUAAUGGUUCAACAAGUGAAAGAAAUCCAGAAUAAUUUAAAAGAAGAUAAAAUUCCCGAUAUGAAUCGUAUCAAUGAAUUAACUAGUAUGCUGAAUGCAUCCUGUUCAACAUUUCUAUUAGCACUGGAUGAACUUAUGAUUUUGAGUAAUGCUCAAGCUCCAUGGUUAAGUUCAAUUGUGACAGGAACAAACUUGGAGCCAAGUUCUCCUAAAACAUUCCGAAAUACAACAACAACAGCUGCAAUAACAAUGACAAGUAGUCCUACUACAUUAACAAUUACUGACUCUACUGGUCAGUAUUCACCAAAUCUGCGUUAUACACCUAAUCAUCAUCAUAAUAAUAGUAAUAAUUUAUUAGGGUAUACUUCAAGUCCUCUGCUACCCCCCGAUUCCUGCUUUCAAAAUUCACGUACACAGUCAAUAAAUCGUCGUCAAUUUUCAGCUUCACGAAAAUAUCAAACAUUCUUUUCCACAUUAGAGUAUAGUUUUGAAGAUAUUCGACCAUCACUACCUGUGAUGAAAACGUCAUCAUCAUCAGCAGCAACAACAACACCAUCUUCAUCAGAUAAUGAUGAAAUUAAACUUCCCGGUGAUUAUAUCUCAGCAUUGGAAUUAGUUAAAGCCUCCAAGUGUUUAUUCAGCUUUCUUGACCGUCUGAAUAACAAUACAUCGAAUAGUCAUUUUGCAGCAUCACGUACCUACACAGCUCUACAACAAGUUCGACGUCAGUUGAUUGAUUAUUUGCAUUGUAUUGAGGUGAAUGUUGAAGUGUACGCCAAUGCUGGUGCAGAAGAUGAAAGAGAAGGAGGGGGAGGUAUGAAUGGUACGAUGAUGAAUAGUGUCAAGGAUACUGCCGCUGAAAAGAGAGAGAAUGGCGGUGGUGGCGCCGUCGGCGGUGAUAUCGUUGAAAAGAAUAACUGUGAUAUUUUAUUCAAAAAAGCUCAAUUAAGUAUUGGUUAUCUUAUUCGAAAUGAAGUGAAGGCGAAAACAAGUCAAGAGGAGAAUUCAGUCUAUCAUGCUAUUCUACACUUGUGCAGAUGUCUCAACUUCAUCAGAGAGUUUCUUCACCAUCUGUUCCGUUCACCUGAUCCAUCUACACUUACGCCUAAUUCAGAUGCAAGUCUUGUUACCAUCGCCAAUGAAGCGUAUACACGUUGCUUGCGUCCAUUUCAUUCAUGGUCUGUAAGAGGUAUGGCUAUGGUUAUCAUCCAGUCACUUCCUUCACGUUUAUACCUACUCGACUUGUUAUUAUUGGAUAAUCCAGAAUCAUUGCCUGAGUCUUUCAAUGAAUCCCCAUUAAUCCGUUAUCCUGAAUCCUAUAUCCAAUUGAAAUUAGACGCUGCACGUUUCGCUGAAUCACUGGGACGAUUUUUAACACUUAUUGAAGGUCUUCUAGCCAGCUUAGAUUUAAAUCGUAUAUUUACUGGAUCAGAAUGUUACUGAAUAUUAUCGUAGACGCAGCAAUAAUAAUAAUAUGUAACUCUAUAACUUUAUCAUUCAUUUUGACCGCCAUACAUUAUAUUCAUUGUUUUUACUUCAUUUAAACACAUUCCCCUCUUUUUUUUAAAGUUUUUUGUUGUUGUUAUUUUAAUUUACCUUUUACUGCAUUAUAACUUUUAUUUUGAUGAAACAAUAUGCAUAUAUACAUAUAUUGAAAGGUUAACUUAUUCUUUUUUAUCCUAUUCAAUGAUCAAUGUGUUCAGUAUUCUUUUCAAUGUUUCAAUUGUG